AUGGACAAUCUGGUCGAAAGCAUUGAAAGCUUGCGUUUCAAGAACAAGAAUAUCGAGGGCCGAUUUUUCGUCCCUGGGGGAGAGUUGAUCAGUGUAAUGUCUGAGCCUCGAAUUCGCAUGGCUCUCCAUGAACUUGGGCUACCCUUGUAUCAACACGAAGAGAUUCUUGGUAGAAUCGUCAAAGGGGCGAGGCGUUGCUUUGCCAUUCUACUCUUGAUAAAAUGCGGUCGCUUGAUUCUGGACUUCUUUAGCAAAGAUGCUCUGCAAAGGUCGCAUCCUGACGAUCGUCUCCCGUUCGAACCAAGCUCACUUGCCGCAUUGUUCGGUGUAGAAGUUGAUGAUCUUAAGGUGCAGCGCUUUCUCGAGAAGCAAUGGGAAUUCUCCACUCCGUUCUUUUCCCGGAUGCUGUUGACGCGCGAACUCGCGCAAGGGACAAUACUCCCUAUCAUCCAUCAAGAGUCGAUAGGUGAGGGUUCUUUCGGAAGUGCAUACAUAACCACGAUACAUCCUCAAUGUCAUGAACUGCCCAUCGCAGCAAACAAGGUCGUGAGAAAGGAGAUCAAGAAGUCUGCGGGACAAGCAGAGCAUGCUUUCGCGCAAGAGCUCCGCAAUCUGUCCCUGUUAUCGCAUCUCAAACACCCGAACCUUGUAGAGCUUUUCUGCUCCUACCGCUUUCGCGAUACUUAUACGUUCGUGUUUGAUGAGGCAAACGGGGGUACUCUUGCGCAGCUGCUUCGCGGAGACUUAGUAGCGCCGUAUUUCUCGAAUCCCGAACCCUCAUCACGUCACAAUCAUCCGCUGUUCGCAGCUUUGGCGGACCUCGCUUCUGCUGUUGAAACUGUACACAACUUCUCUUCGGUUGUACUGGAUGUGAAGCUGACAGGAUGCCACCACGACAUAGCUCCACGUAACAUCUUCAUCCGUGAUAAGACUCUUGUUCUCGGAGACUUUGGGCUAUCUACCUUCAAAGCUCAAGAAGAGGGUUCCUUGACAGCUUUCAAGGAGAUUAGAUCAGACUACGCCGCACCCGAAUGCCAGCGAUUUCAUGACACUCUGAUUCGAACCGCCGAGGUCACCAGAGCAAGCGACAUAUGGUCUUUUGGUUGUAUCCUUGCUGAGGUCGCAACAUUCUUGGCCGAAGGCUCUAAGGGGGUGAAGAAGUUCCGAGAAGCUCGGUAUCACGAAGUGACGAACGAGAUAACUUGGUUCAGAUUCCACCACGGGCCCGCUGGGCCAAGCGUUGAAGUGCAAAACUGGCUGAUGUCACUUCGACAGCGCAGCACAAGCCCAGGAACCUCGCUCAUAACGCUUUGCGAAGAGAUGUUAUCUUUCGAACCUACACAGCGUCCGCGGGCAGUGGAAGUCAUGCUAAGUUUGCAGUACAUAGCUGUGUUUGGCCUGGCUCGUCUCGUAUCAGCAGCUUGGGAGCAGCUUGGAGACUUGAAGGGUGCCGCCGAUCUAAGACUGGGGCGAAUGAAUUUCGAAGGUUGGAGUAAUGCGUUUGAGACAUUCUAUCACGACAGGCUACGUCAGCAGCCCCAAGGUGACGAGGUACCGACAUUCCAGUUUGAGCUGAUUCAAAGCGAGCUCCAAGGCAUGUCCACGUUUCUCGACAGUCUCGCAGAUAAGAACGACGACUACAGACGCCGAUGUUCCAAGCAGGUCCAACAAAUCCAUGUUCGGUUACUCGGUGCACUCCCCAUUCAUUGCCGCGACUUGGCCAAAACUCACGCGGAACAAUUGGUAUUGCAAGACGUCCAAAUCGAUGAGUUCGAUUUCGGCCCGGCGGCAGGGGCCAGUAAUGCUGUGAGCCAUGAACUCGGCUUACUCGUUACUGUGAAGCUGUUGAUCGAAAAGGAGCGGCUGGGGCUUCUGAGCGAAAAGCGUGGUCUCUUCCUUAAAGAUCAGGAUGUCAAACUGCUCGAUGACAUUGAGCAACAUACCCGGGCUUUAAUAGAGCGAAGCGAGGGUAGAUUCCUGGUAGAAUGGGUGGAAUACAGCUUUGCGUGGGCAGAUGACGAGACGGGAAGACAGUUCCGGGACCGUGUUGCUUCGGUAGCAAGCUUACUGCACAAUGACGACGCCGCCCGGAUUCCGAGUACUCUGCAUUGCCGAGGGUUAUAUCAUCGCCCUUCCAGAAGGUCGUUCGGUUUGGUGUAUGAGCUACCCAGCUCGUCGGACGAAAACUUGCAAAUCCUGACAUUGAAUCAAAUGCUUCAUGGAGGCUUGUCCUAUCGUCCCACCCUCGAAGGCCGUAUACGUCUCGGCUAUGCCUUGUCGCGAGCGGUUUACCAGUUCCAUUCGGUGGGGUGGUUGCAUCGUAAUCUCAACCCGACAAAUAUCUUGUUUUGUCCAGCGAAGGAAGCAGACCGAAAAGAGUGGGCACAAACACCGAUCAUGCUAGGAUUCGCCAGCAGUCGACAGAACGAGGCGGACGCUGCUACACUUGGUCCUGACAACAGGCUGAACUACCACCACCCGGACUAUCUGCAGAACAGAUCGAGAUAUUGUCAGGAGUACGACUAUUACAGCAUGGGUAUGAUGCUUUUAGAAAUCGGACAUUGGGCGCCACUGGUGAAGCUUACUGAGAGUAAGCGGUUCCGCAGCCUGGGGCCGGAGCAGUUCACCAAGGAGAUUUUGGACACGCGUCUAGCCCAGGUUGAGCUCACAAUGGGAUCGCGUUAUCAACGUGUGGUAAUGAGUUGCCUGAGCGGCCACUUUGCUGCCAGGGGAAGAACUGGGCGCGAGGACGACGACUUGGUUCUGCGUAGGAUGUUCAAAGCUGAUGUUGUCGACGCGUUGGAUGAGCUUUUUAGCGCUGUUAGGUAG